GGGAAAGUGAAUCAGUAUGGAAGAAAAUGAUCACGGCAACAGAGAUGUGGUGGAGCGGCAGGAGUCGGCGGAUGAAUCCAACAGAGGCAUCCUUCCCCUCUUACAGGCGCCGGGUAACUUGCAGAUCCCUCACCGGGUCACCAAUUUUUUCAUCGACAACAUCUUGCGACCGGACUUCGGACGGAAAAAGGACGGAGUAGCAAACCGCGAGGAGAGUAGCCUGGCAUCGGGGGAGAGCCACAACAGCCCAGCCGCCCCUCAGACCGAGCCGGUGGGGAGUACGGUGCCGGCAGAGGGGACCUCCACUCCACAUACGGUAACCGGGGCGAAGAAGCCCACAGCAGCCGCCGAGGAGCCCCUAAAACCCCGCGGGGAGAAUGGAGACCAGUGCCUAAGCUCAGACUCAGACAGUUCCCAAGCCAGCUCAAACCCAUCCAAGUCUCAACCCAUGCUGUGGCCAGCCUGGGUCUACUGCACCAGAUACUCGGACAGGCCUUCUUCAGGGCCAAGAUCCCGCAAACCAAAGAAGAAAAUGACCAGCAAAGAGGACAAGCGACCACGGACGGCCUUCACAGCAGAGCAGCUGCAAAGACUAAAAUCGGAGUUUCAGACAAAUCGGUAUCUGACGGAGCAGAGGCGACAGAAUCUGGCACAGGAGUUGGGCCUGAACGAAUCCCAGAUCAAGAUCUGGUUUCAGAACAAGAGGGCCAAAAUCAAGAAGGCUUGCGGCACUAAAAAUUCACUGGCUUUGCACCUGAUGGCACAGGGACUGUACAAUCACGCCACCGUCACGUCGAAAGACGAAAAAUCAGACAGCGAUUGAUUUCCAGAGAUGUAACAGCAGCCUCCUGACGAAAAAGAACCUAUAGUAAUCCUAUGAUAGAUUUUUAAAAUAGAGAUAUCACAGAAAAAAAACUCUACUUACAGGAAUAUUUAAUGUUGCCACAGCAGAUAAAACACUACAAAGUAUAACUGUCACUUGGAUGUACAAUGGGUCCAGGACGCCCUAACAAAUAAAAAUAAACAAAAUGGUCACUAGUGUCAAGAGUCCCACUGCAUUAAUUUUUAACGGUACUAUAGGUCUCUGUAGGUUCCUAUGGGAAUAUUAUAGUGAUUUUUCGUUAUGUAGGAGGUGAAAUCAAGCCUACAAUGCAAUAAUAUGACCGAAUAAAGGGCCAGUGUAUAGAGUAUACCAGCAUAAAUUGUUUUAAAAAAAAUAACAGAUAUUUCUGCAAUAUCACGUCUAUAAAAGAUGUUGUAUAAAGGUAUGUUUUCAUUGUUUGUUGUCCCCGCCCCUUCCAGGAGGUACAGACGCUUACACCCUUCAUUUUUAUAUACUGUAGCAUCACAGAUUGUCAUCAUUUUACAUUUAACUAACUGGCACUUGCUUUGAUCUGUCAGUGGAGUGAAAACAAACAAACAAACAAACAAAAAAAAACUAAAAACUGAAGUCCAAAGAAUAUUUUUCUGCUGCAUCCAGGCUACUGUGAAUUUAAAUAAAUGCUAACACGACUUUUAUUGCCAUGCUUGUUGGUUUUCUUGGUUGUGUUUGCUGUAAAAA